CCGUGAAAGCAGACGCAUUCGAUGCGUGUCCUGUCUAUUCUGAAAGACUGUCAUACAUUGGAUGUAUUUUGAAUUUUUUUCACACUUUUUAUUUUUUAUUUUAUAGUUUGAUCUAAAACCUGUGUUUCCGGAGUGUGAAAGGACUCAACAAGUAGUUGGAAAAUUUGGAAAAACGCAAGCCAUCCUUUCAGGAUGGAUAACUCCACAACGAUGAAAGCCAUGAUCCUAUUCCUCGUUUUGAAUCUUCUGGGUCAUGGAGCAGCAGAGCUCAAUAUUUCAGGAGAACUGCAGAACCGAACAGCCAGACAGAUUAAUUGCAUUGAGAACCAGGAGUACCCUCACAACAGCUUUUGCUGCAAGAACUGUGAAGCUGGCACCUAUGUGAGUGAAAAGUGUAGCAGGGGCCAGGAGAAGGGCAUGUGCACCCCAUGUGAAACGGGCACGUAUGCCGAGCACCCCACAGGCAUGGAACAGUGUCUGCAGUGCAGCCAGUGCCACAGAGACCAGAAGGUGGUUGCAGAAUGCACCAGCACAAGCAACACCAAGUGUGAAUGCAAACCCGGUUCCUUCUGCCUGCCGGACGAGCCAUGUGAAGUGUGCAAGAAAUGCGCCCAGUGCAAAGCAGACGAGGAAGAAGUGAGGAGUUGCACACCCACGGCUAACACAAAGUGCAAGAAACGCCCCUCAAACCCAACGGAAGAUCCGACUGAUAAGCCAUCAUCAUCAUCAAAUGGCAGUGAAGCUAUAGCAGUUAUUAUACCAAUCUUGGGUAUUUUUCUGAUCGGCGCAUUUGGAAUAUAUUUCUGGAAGAAGCGCCAACAGCGACUAAGUGAAACUCAUGGAGAUUUGAAAGAGGUUAAAGUGGCCGAUCAAUCAUGCCCAAGUUCAGAAGAGGAAAAAGAGAACAACCGCAAUGCUGGAUUAGAGAGGGCAGAGGAGCAACGGCCAGAGUCCCGCCCCUUGUUGACGCAGGAGACGCAGGAAACUGGCACCAAGAGCAUCCCGGUGGAGGAUGAGGACCGGGGACUUGGUGACAGCUUACCAAACACAACCAGCUCUUCCCAAACCAGCCUGUCUGCCCUCCCUCCAGCAGUCUGCAUCGGGGACUCCCCACGGUCAAGCCCCCCAGUCCAAAGACAGAUAGAGAGGGAUACAGAGCCAUGGGCACGGGAUGAUGGCCCUCUCAGAAAACUUGUUCCUGUACUCGUUGAGGAGGAAUCGCUGAGCAAGAGCUUCGAUCUGUUUGAUAUCCUGGAUGUGCGGAUCCACAACAAGUUCUUCCGUAGCAUAGGCGUGAGCGACAAUGCCAUUAAGAUGGCAGAGGCACUUCACCACGUGGACAAAGUCUACGAGCUCCUGCGGGUGUGGAUGCAAAAAGAAGGGCUUCGAGCGAACAUCAACACCUUACUUCAAUCUCUGCUGGAUCUGGACCAGCGGUAUUCUGCAGAAAACAUUGCCUCCAAGGCUGUGGAAAGAGGCUACUACAAAUAUGAGUGAUGACUCUUAAAGACUUCAAGAGAAACCCUUUGUUAUUGAGUAAAAGAACAAAAUAAUGGAGAUGUUGUAGGUGAGGGUCAAGGGGUGGGUUAGGAGUUUCAUAAUAUCCUCCCCAGGGGCCUGUUGGCCUCAUGGCAUGAACUGAUUUCCCAUUAUGGAACUGGUGGUGAUGCCAUUGGAGAAUCGUAUCUCUGUAGCGCCCGCAAUGGGUUCAAAAGCCAACACUGGACCCUUUUGAGGUUUUACACUGGCUUACGGAAGAGGGCGCCGUUUUCCUUCUUAACAGUGCGUACAGGUGUCAUUCGAUGCACUUGCCUCAGGCUUUCAAACUCAGGUUGGUCUGAAGCCUACAUUGAUGUCGUUAAACCUUUGGUAAAGUCAAAAAUGUAGAUAGUUCUAUGCCUUUUGUGUUUAUUUUGACUACAUACUGACAGGCGCCAUGCACAUUUGUAGUUCAAACUAAAGAUUUUGACAAGGUCUAGCAUUACACUACAUGUAGAUGGUCUAGUCCGAUUUCAGUUGCUGCCGUAAAUCACUUGUUUGUCACAAGGACUCAAAGAUACAAACGAACAAAAAAAUGUCUCAAGCUGAGCUCUGAACAAAUCAUCUGUAGAUGAAUUGUAUUGUGAAUUUAAGACGUAUCAGUAAUGGAAUUUGCCAUUUCAAUGUUUCAAACUGUUUUCCAGCUGUUGGCAUAUUCUCUUAUAUGUUAAAAGUUUAGGAUUUCAUAUAAAGUUCAGAUCUGUCAUUACAUUCACCCUGGUUGUUACAGAAUGUCCUCUAUACUGGGCAGCCCCAAGUUAUGCCAGUCUGAUAUUUUUUACCCAUAGCUGGUUUUAUCUGCUUGGUGCAAGGCUGAGACGGCAUUGCUUACCUUCUCAGUCUUUUUUUGCCUAUUCCAUUUCCUUAUUUAUAUUUGAAUAAGUGAUGUAUUUAUUUUUAUUGUGUAAUUACAUAAUAUUUAUACCUGUUACUAAUAUUCACCGAAGUGUUUCUUGUGACUAAGUUUUUCUCCGGAUGAAUUCACCAAGCAAAUUCUUCCAGCUUUUUCACAAGCAAAUAAACCAGAUCUCUUCAGAUUCAGUGCCAUCAUCCCAGAGUUCCUCUUCCGUUUCGUCAUUUCUUAUUAAAAUCGCAAAAUGUGUCCGUCGCUGCAUACGUAUGUUCGCAACUAGGGGUGUCGUUGUUAAUGAUAUAAAGAAAAAGCUUGAAAGAGUACCACGGUCAGUAUCUCUUGGGCGCUUGUAACUGCUUCCGCAGGUCCAAGUUGAAUUAAUGUUGAGGAUUAGGAGGCAUUUCGAACUUUCGCUUGCUGUUCAUGGUUUAAAUGCAGUAGUGCACAGGUACAAGGUUUUAAUAGUUAAAGAUGAAGGAAACCGAAGCUCAUCGAAAACUACUCACCAUUUGGUUGUCUUUUGUCUAGGAUGUACGUAGUAUUAAACAAAACUAAUAGAUAUAUUUAUAGAAGCCCAACUUAAUGAAGUAUAGAAACCGAAGGAACAAUUUGACUUUUGAGAUGAAAGUUAUCAAAGUAAACAGGGCCCCAGAAUUCAUUUAUGUAGCAGUUAAUGAACUGCAAUAUCUGACUCUGCUGCAUAGCUUUGUAGCUUAAUAUGUGUAUGAAAUAUGACCUUUUAUAUGUAUAUAUUUAGUGAUUAGGAACACGAAUCUCUGAUAUGCUUCACCUUUUAACUCAGUUGACAUGGAAAGCUAAAUAGGACACAAAAUUGUAGAGUUAUCGUACAGUGCAGGGCACUGCCAUCUAUUGACAUAGAACUGAAAAGUGAGAGAAUAAACCGCAUCAAUUUCAAGGGACCUUUUUUUUCCUUUUCUGACAAUUAUAUUCUGUCUCUUCAUGUCUUUCUACACUUUGCACUGACUCGGCGUCUUAACGUGGAGUCUAUCUUUAAAUGUAGGUGCAGAAGGAUUACCUCUGAGCAAUUCAGUACCAUCUGUUUCUCACUACACAUUUGUCUUGCUUUUAUGCAUCUAACACAGCAGCAUGUCUCAGUGCUAGCUCAUUCAGUGCUUUAUUUUCCAAAAUAUCUCUCUAUGAGUAGGUUUUAUAUAUUUCUUUGUCCCCUUAGACAAUUGUAUGCUUGUUUGUGAAUGUAAAAAGUUUGCUGUUGCAAAGUUGGUUGUAGAAUGUUUUUGUUUAAAAAUAAAAAGAUGCUUUACAAAACGGUUUCCAUGGCGAGUUCGUUC